CCCAUGGCCGAACAAGCAGUUGCUGUGGCUGGAGGUAUAAUAGGAGGGAUCCUUUUAUUUGUCCUCCUUGGAAUAACUGCAUAUCUGCUCUGGAAAAAAUUUUGCCACCUCUUUUCUUAUGAAAAGCUCAUCAAUCCUGUCAAAACAACAAAUGCAAGUGCCAUUUUCCAGGAUCAGGCAAAUUCUGAAAUUCAUCUAAAAAGUACAAGCUUUAAACCAGAAGAGUCAAUAGGUGCUGUUGUCUUGAGCAGGUCCAGAAGUGUUCCAUUUAUCAUUCCACCAACACUGCAUGGGCGAGACUGGAUUCACCUGACAAAUGAAGAACAGGUUCAGGAAGACAGGGACCCCUUCAUGACCCCUCAGUCUGGGCCACGGUCAUCAUUUCAUUCCUUGGCUGGAGCUUAUGUUGUAGGAACCAUUAACCCAGAUCUGUACAAGUUUCCUGAAGACAAAAGUGAAACAGAUUUUCCUGAUGGCAGCAUUGGCCGCCUCUGGUUCUCCAUAGAAUACGAGCAAGAGUCAGAAAGGCUCCUUGUCUCCUUGAUCAAAGUCAGAAAGCUGCAGCCUCCUGCUGAUUCCUGCAGUCCAUUUGUGAAAAUCUACCUGCUGCCUGAUGAAAGAAGCUACCUGCAGUCCAAAACAAAACGUAAAACUCUUAACCCUCAGUUUGAUGAAAACUUUGUUUUCCAGGUUUCCAGUAAAAUGUUGCUCCAAAGGACACUAAAGUUUUUGGUUUAUCAUGUUGAUAAACAGAAGAAGCAUCAUCUCCUAGGCCAAGUUAUCUUUCCACUAAAAAAUGAAGCAUUAACUGAGGACAACAAACUAGUCAUAUGGAGAGAUCUGGAGAAAGAAAACUUGGAGCCUCCUUCAGAGCAUGGUGAUAUCCAGUUCUCCCUGAGCUACAAUGACUACCUGGGCCGUCUCACUGUGGUGGUUCUGAGGGCGAGGGGAUUAAAGCUCCAGGAGGAGAGCCCUGCUGUUGGUGUGUAUGUCAAAGUCUCACUAAUGAACCAUAAUAAAUUCAUCAAAAGUAAAAAGACAGCAGCUCUUCUGGGAACUCCCAACCCUGUGUACAAUGAAACCUUCAGUUUCAAGGCAGAUCAGACAGAGCUGGAUACAGCAAGCCUGAGUCUAUCUGUGCUCCAGAGUAACAAAGGAGAAAAAACACUUCUGCUGGGACGAGUGGUAGUUGGGCCUUUCAUGUACACACGUGGCAGAGAACUGGAGCACUGGAAUGAGAUGAUCAGCAAGCCCAAGGAGCUGGUUAAACGAUGGCAUGCUCUCUGCCACAGCACAUGAACAGCACUGAGGAAAAACCAACCUUAACAUGGGGAAGUUCUUACUAUCUUUCUCAUCUAAAGGGUAAAAAAAAAAAAUCUUUGCUAAGAUUUUGUACCUGAAGAAGAAAAGAAUAAAAUAAAUUAUUUCCUUGACCAAACACAAAUAAAAGAUUUGGUCCCUGGUAGGCUGGGAGUCCCUCCUUCCUGUCUUCAAAAUAUAUGUUAAAUUUAAUUAACAUGCAGCUGAGCAAACAAAACAGCCAAACAUGAUCUCUCAGUAUUAAUUAUUUUGACUGGUAAAUUGCACUUCUUGGUCAUGAGUUCUGGGCACAAAUGAUCACACAUGUAGACAGAGCCCAAGAAUUGCCAGUGAUGACACCAGGCCUAUCUGCCCACUGUUCCACAUCACCACAGUGCUUCACCAAAAAGGAGAGAAGCCCAGUGAGAAUGCCAAAACAGACACAGCCCAAAAGACACUGACUAAUACAUGUAGAACUUGUUUAAAAUAGCAGCAUCACAUUUAAGACCUCUUUUGAACAGGAAGGGUGAAGGCACUGCUCAUUGGUCAC